UCUGCAGGCUGGCACGCAGAGGUGUGAGACCGACUACCGCCGCUUCUUCUGUUUUUUUUUUUACUCUUUACGGAUAUCUGACGACGUUAACGGGCUCGUUACCUUCACCGGACCCCGCUCACACUGCACGAUUCGACACUCCCAGCUGUCGUUCAGUGUUGGCGGCACGCUGUGAGGAAAAGGCUGCACUGGGCCGUGCCUCUGCGCUCCUCUGACACUCGUCCUUGACAUCCAAAUGCUGCGCGUCGAUCGUCGAGCCUGCCGCCUUCUGUGAGUUAUGACGACGGCUGCUUCUGCGACUCAGGAACGAGGCUCCUCCUUGGUUCAGCACUGAGAAAAAAAAUCACAUGAUGUGAUGAAGAAGGGUCCUGGAAGUCUGCUCUUCAAAGAGUCCGCCGGCAGGAUAUGAGUAUUUUGAGCCCUGUGACGGAUAGCAAAUCAAACCUUGUGGGAAUUGUGGGAGGCCCAGAAGAAUUCUCCAGAGUCAUGCAGUCAGAGGAGCUGUUCAGCAGGAAACUCAAAGCCCUGAACGGCAGCAUGGGACCGCCAGUCUCCAACAUGCAGGGAAAGCCCGACGUCACAGGCAAAACAAACGGUAAUCCAGCCAUGCCUAAAAUGGGUGUCAGAGCGCGGGUGACAGAAUGGCCGCCAAGGAAAGACGGAUGGGACGGACGGCCUUCACCGAACUAUCAGAGUGUGAUACCCGUGUUUCAGAACGGACAGCAGGAUCACACUGUGGAAAUCCUGGAGCAGGAACAGGUGUGUGUGGAGCUGGAGUACUCUGACAAAUAUUCACUGAGUGACCUGCUCAGCCACUCCCCGCUGAAGGGUCUCCACCCCAUCCGUCAGCGCAGCAACAGCGAUGUGACCAUCAGUGACAUCGACUCUGAGGACAUAAUGGACCAGCACGCCGUCAAUCCAAACACAGGGGCCUCGCUGCACCGGGAAUACGGCAGCACGUCGUCCAUCGACCGGCAGGGUCUGAGUGGAGACGGCUUCUUUACCAUGCUCAGGGGCUACAGAGUGGACACCCUGGACCACCGCAGCAUACCCCCUUUAGGUUUCCCUGAGCUGUUGCGUUGCGACGCCUCGCUCUCCCCAAGCCUGCAAACAGCAGCGCAGAUCGCCCGGGGUGAGAUAGUCCACAUUCCGGGAUACGACUACAUAGAUAGCUCGCUCCUGUACAGCCGGGAGCGGGAGAAGUCCUUCAUGAGGCGUCUGAAAUCAGAAUCCUCUGAGACGUCUUUGUUCAGGAAGCUUCGGACCAUAAAAAGCGAGAGCGACGCCCUGCGGCUCUCCAUAGAGGAGGACAGACGACCACUCAGCUUUCAGAAGUGCUUUGCGCAUUACGACGUCCAGAGCGUUCUCUUUAACAUCAGUGAGGCCGUCGCCAGCAGAGCCACCCUGAGCCAGAGGAAGAACACCACGACGGGGGCGUCGGCGGCCUCGGCCGGACCCGGAGCUGGAGGACUUCCUGGAGUUGGAGUCGGGCCUGGACCGGCAGCAGGAACAGACCCUGGAGCAGCAGGAUGUAGCAGUGGCAAUGUCCCCAUGUUCGAGUCCCCUCUGGGCAGCAGGGAGGACUUGAACCCCAAAGAGAACCUGGACGCUGACGAAGGCGACGGGAAGAGCAGCUCUCUGGUGCUGAGCUGUCCUCACUUUCGCAACGAGAUCGGCGGCGAGGGCGAGAGGAGGAUCUCGCUCUCCAGAGCCAACAGUUCAAACUACAGCGGCCUAUCAGAGAGCUGCUCUUUUGAAUCCUCUUUAAGUUCCCACUGCACCAACGCAGGAGUAUCUGUGCUGGAGGUACCGAGAGAAAACCAGCCCAUCCACAGGGAGAAGGUCAAACGCUACAUCAUCGAGCACAUCGACCUGGGAGCGUACUACUACCACAAGUUCUUCUAUGGAAGAGAGCAUCAGAACUAUUUCGGGUUCGACGACAAUCUAGGACCGGUGGCGGUCAGCGUCCGCAGGGAGCGUCUGGACGACGGGAAGGAGAAAGAAGGGAUGCAGUUCAACUACCGAGUCACCUUCAGAACCAGCCAGCUGACCACGCUGCGUGGAGCCAUCCUCGAGGACGCCAUUCCAUCGACAGCGCGACACGGGACGGCGCGCGGCCUGCCGCUGAAAGAAGUACUGGAGUACGUGAUCCCUGAGCUGAACAUCCAGUGUCUGAGACUCGCCCUCAACUCCCCCAAAGUCCCCGAGCAGCUCCUGAAGCUGGACGAGCAGGGGCUGAGCUUCCAGCACAAGGUGGGGGUGCUUUACUGCAAGGCGGGGCAGAGCACGGAGGAGGAGAUGUACAACAACGAGAGCGCCGGUCCGGCUCUUGAGGAGUUCUUGGAUCUGCUCGGCCAGAGGGUGCGGCUCAAAGGCUUCACAAAGUACAGAGCUCAGCUGGAUAACAAGACCGACUCCACGGGCACUCACUCCCUCUACACCACCUACAAGGACUACGAGCUGAUGUUUCACGUGUCCACCAUGCUCCCCCACACGCCCAACAACAGACAGCAGUUACUAAGGAAGCGGCACAUCGGGAAUGAUAUCGUCACCAUCGUGUUCCAGGAGCCUGGGGCCCUUCCCUUCACUCCCAAACACAUCCGCUCUCAUUUCCAACAUGUGUUUGUCAUCGUCAAAGUCCACAACCCGUGCACUGAUAACGUCUGCUACAGCGUGUCCGUGUCCAGGUCUAAAGACGUGCCUCCGUUCGGCCCUCCCAUUCCCAAGUCUGUAACGUUCCCAAAGUCGGCCGUUUUCAGGGACUUCCUGCUCGCCAAGGUCAUCAACGGCGAAAACGCAGCGCACAAGUCUGAGAAGUUCCGGGCGAUGGCGACUCGGACGCGGCAGGAGUACCUGAAGGACCUGGCCGAGAACUUUGUGAGCACGACGACGAUAGACAACGCCGUCAAGUUCAGCUUCAUCACGCUGGGCGCCAAGAAGAAGGAGAAGGUGAAGCCAAGGAAGGACGCACAUCUGCUCAGCGUGGGAGCCGUCACCUGGAGCGUGCGGGCGCGGGACUUCGGCCAGUCGGCGGACGUGGACUGUUUGCUCGGCAUAUCUAACGAGUUCAUCGUGCUGAUCGAGGAGGAGUCUAAAAACGUGGUGUUCAACUGCUCCUGUCGGGACGUCAUCGGGUGGACCUCGGGGAUUAUGAGCAUUAAGAUCUUCUACGAGCGCGGGGAGUGUGUCAUGCUGUGUGCUCACGACAACUGUGGGGAGGACAUCCGGGAGAUGGUGCAGAGACUGGAGAUCACCACCAGAGGUUGUGAGACGUCAGAGAUGACCCUGCGUCGGAACAGCCUCGGGCAGCUCGGUUUCCACGUGAACUUUGAAGGCAUCGUGGCCGACGUGGAGCCCUUCGGCUUCGCCUGGAAGGCCGGGCUGAGGCAGGGCAGCCGGCUGGUGGAGAUCUGCAAGGUGGCCGUCGCCACUCUGACACACGAGCAAAUGAUCGACCUGCUGCGCACGUCCGUCAGCGUCAAAGUGGUCAUCAUCCAGCCGCAUGAGGACGGCACACCAAGGAGGGGCUGCUCCGAGCUCUACCGCAUCCCCAUGGUGGAGUACAAGGUCGACAGCGAGGGAACACCCUGCGAGUACAAGACGCCCUUCAGGAGAAACACCACCUGGCAUCGGGUGCCCACGGCUGCCGGAGCUCCUCUCUCCCGAGGCUCGCCCACGCAGGGACCCGACCGCCUGCAGUGCCAGCAGAUCCUCCAGCAGCACCAGGCGGCCAUCCCACGCAGCACCUCGUUCGACAGAAAACUACCAGACGGGUCCAGGAUGAUGCAGGACAUGGAGAACCCUCAGGUCACCUCGUGCAACAAAGGAGACCAGCACUACCGCAGCUCCCCCAGUAACCAGUCAUCCUCCAGUGAUCCGGGACCCUGCGGCAGCGGCACCUGGUCCCAGCAGCCGGGAUACGACGGGUGUCCCUCUCCGAUUCUCCAUGAGCGGGCGGGGGACAUCCAGGGGGGAGACAGCGAGAUGCACAGGGAGAGAGAGCCCACCUUAGAGAGGACCCGGUCUGCAGAGGCCAAAUGGCACAUCCCCUCCACCAAGAUCCUGAACCCUCUGAAGCAGAGAGAGGGAGGAAAAGACUCUCCCAACAAGCUGUCCAGGACGGGCGAUAAAAACUCCAGCCACUCAAGUAGCAACACUCUCUCCAGCAACGCCUCCAGUAACAGCGACGAUAAGCACUUUGGCUCCGGGGACCUGAUGGACCCGGAGAUUCUGGGCCUCACAUACAUCAAAGGGGCGUCCACAGACAGCGGCAUUGACACUAAUCCCUGCGUGGCGCCCGGGGCCCGGGUGCUGCUGCAGGGCCGGGUCGGUGAGCAGGGCCACCCCUGGGAGCACCAGGAGGACGGGAUGUCGGAGGAGGAUCAUGGGAAGCUGUACCUGCCGCAGGGCUACGCCUCCGCCAUCAUGUCGAGUCAUGUGACAGAGGGAAGCAUCGGAGACCUGAGCGAGAUCUCAUCACAUUCAAGUGGCUCGCACCACUCGGGCAGUCCUCUGGCCCGCGGUGCCAGGUACUGUUUGUCCGCUGACUCCUCCAAGGUGUACACCAUCCCCCAGACCAGCAGCUCAGGGCCUGAUCCAGACCCAGAUCAAGAUCCAGAGGCAGAGGCAGAAGCAGAGCUGGGUCAGGUUCCAGGGCUCAGCUCAGAGGCCUGUGGACAGACACGUUCACAGCAGGGGGGGAAUCUCCCCGGGGACAUGAAGAUGGCUGCUGAUCAUGAUGAAGAAGAAGAAUCCCACAGCACUGAGGGACCUCCAAACAUUUCAGAGUGUGGGCAGCUGUACGCGCAGGAGGCCUGCAGGAGUCAGGCUGCAGAGCGGGACGGAAAUUCACUGCAGAGACUCUCAAAGGAAGAGUACGUGAAAAUGAUGCUGCCGGGGAGUCCUCCAGGAGAAGACGGGAGUCGGAAGGUGUCAGCGAUGGACAGUCUGUCCCCGAGGCGCUCUCUGUAUCGGACGCUGUCAGACGAGAGCGUGUGCAGUAACCGUAAGGGCUCGUCCUACGCCAGCUCCCACAGCUCCAUGCUGGACCAGGCCAUGCCCAACGACAUCCUCUUCAGCACCACCCCCCCUUACCACAGCACGCUGCCUCCACGUAUGGUCCACAACCAGGGGGCGUCAAACCUGCGCAGUGAGUUUUGGUUCUCUGACGGCUCCUUGGCGGACAGGUCCAAGUUCAGCGACCCGGGCCUCAUGCCCCUCCCAGACGCUGCCUCAGGCCUGGACUGGUCUCACCUGGUUGAUGCAGCACGAGCCUUUGAAGACCAGCGCGUGGCGUCCUUCUGCACCAUGACGGACAUGCAGCGGGCCGAGGCUCUGCACAUCUCCAGAGAGCUGACCAGACGGGUGGUGGAGGCGGAGGGAGCAGCGCUGGAAGCAGAAAGCUCUCCCUCCACGCUCACCGGCAAAGUGAACCAGCUGGAGGUGAUCCUCAGACAGCUGCAGCACGACCUCAGAAAGGAGAAGGAGGACAAGGCGAUGCUGCAGGAGGAGGUGCAGCACCUGAGACAGGACAACAUGCGGCUCCAGACGGAGAGCCAGACGGCGGCGGCUCAGCUCAGGAAGUUCACAGAGUGGUUCUUUCACUCUAUUGACAAGAAACCCUGAGAGAGAGGAAGAGAGAGGGAGAGAGAGAGCGCGAGAGAGAGAGCGCGAGAGAGAGAGCCGCUGAAUGAAAGAUGGAAAGAGAGAGAGAAAGCUGCAGCGAGAGAGAGAAACAGAGAUGGCCUUCACUCCUCCUGGGCUCCCACUCAAAUUCUACUUAAGACUCCCAGACGAUCCGAACUUUAAAAGGAAACCUUACCGGCCCCCAGACUCUUUAAAAAAGCCCCGGCUCAGGAGACUCUAGUGCAGCCCUGUGUGGUGGAACUGAAACCCUGAUCUUGUACCUCUGUUUUUGGGAUCCUCUCCAGUCUGAACUGCAGGGCUGUUUCUGACGUUAACGGUUUCUCCAUCCCGGCAAACGAGACUCUUGGGAAACCUCCUCAUCUCCAGCGCCAGGGAGAGGAAUCGAGCACGGCAGCCCCCAGGGGCCCCCGCUGGAGUCCCUGGGAUCUUCUUACAGUAGUGGAAUGUAAAGCUCAUUUACUGUAGUCAACAUUUAAUCUACCUACGUAUGUCCCGUCAGUCUACUGUACUGUAUUCUCAGCUGUACUGUAUCAUACUGCGCACACUGUCACACAGCUGUUUCUGUGCAGAGAGGGGGAGGGGGGAAGGGGCGAGGAGGGGAGGAAUGUACUGGACUAAAUGAAGUGGUACUUACUGUCUGCUUGCACCAAGAGGAAUCCACAUGUGGCGGUCUUGAAACGUACAGCGGGAGGUAAAAAAUGAAUGUAGCUCAACUGAGACCCUUUUCUUUCUGGAUUCCCAAAGUCACAAGUGAUUCACGUUUCUGAAGCUCUGGGCCACGUCGUCAUUGAUUGGUUGAUUCCACUUCUUUCCUUUUUUUCCUCAGUGUUGUAACGUAGGGUCACACGGCAGUAAUUCUUUGGUGUUUUUUAAAGGUGCUUUUCCCUACACACGUUUGUCAGUAGUUUCCAUUCACUGUCACAAUGUCCUAGCAAUAACAAAGUGGUAGUUUGAAACUGUGUUCAAAAAAAAAAAGAAGAAAAAGAAAAAACGAAGUUAGCACAAGCGUGAAGAGUUCCUGUGGAGAAGCAGUCGUACUUGACGUGUAUUUAUAAAACAGGAAACAGACUGUGCCUAAAACUCUCGGUUGUAAAUGGAUUGUUUCUUUUUGCUUUUAUUUCUCUUUUAUAAACACAUGCCUUGUCUGUGGCUCACUGAUAUAAAGUUGUGUGUGUGUGUGUGUGUGUGUGUGUGAAUGUGUGUGUGCGUGAGUGUGCGUAGGUUAUCACAGCUAAACGUGUUCUUAUGCAGUGGUUUCUAGAGCAUUAGAGCAGGCGCCAGUGAACCACACUUACAAUGCCAAAUGUGUUUAUUUGUGUACAUAUUUGCCACAGAAGUGUCUUGUAUUUAACACUUUAAUUUAAGCUUAUUUAACCUAAAGUUGUUUAUUUUAUUAAGGGUAUUUGUUUGGUUCUGCACUAAGGAGAGAUACAGCUCUGUGUAUGUUGUAAAGUGUGUAGCUUGCCAGGGCAACAAAACUAUAUAUUUAAAUAUAUAAAUGAUGAUUUUUUGGAGAUUCCAACAUUUGGAUGCUGCUAGAUUACAGUUUGCUGGUUUGUAUGCUUUUAAAAAUGUCUCUCUCUGUAAACGGUCUCCUCCCGGGUGGGACACUGGUUGCUUUACUUGUUUUUGUUCUACUUUUUGUUCAUGUUUUUUUUUAAAUAAAUGUAGUUGGAAAAAUAA